UGUGUCUUUGUUUUUUAAUGUUCCUUCUUUCGUGGACUUUCGAGUGCAGGCUUUUUCAAGGCUGAGCAGCACCGAGCACUUGCCCUUGUGCGUGGCUCAAGGCUUUGCGAUGCAUUGCCAUGCUUUGCCUGUAGGCUGCUUGCAGCCGCGCAGUUGUACCGAAAGCUUCGCAACUUUGCCUCCGCGAAAUUGUCUUCUCCUCUCCUUUCAGCCGAAGAGGCUGUGAUAGGCUGUGAUGCCCGUGUGCGAAAUGUCGCAUCUUAUUUGUGCUCUUUCCUCGCCACCAACGCGCGAGCUGGUGACACAGAUCAGAGAUACAAAAGCAGUGUGCUCAAACGCCACAUACUAAAGUGCGGUGGCAAAUCAUUCCCAGUAUCUCCUUUUGUUUGUUGUUUCGUGGUGAAAGAGUUGCUGCUGGGCUUGCUGCAUUCGAGUGGCUCAAGUCCGAUCGAGUGUUUUGUGGAGAGCCACUGAGUCGUGAGCCAUGGGUCACGGAGGUAACAACGUCAUUCCCAAUGUGCACUUCCGAAAGGUCAAUGGCUGCCAAAGUGGCCGCAAGAACCGCGUGUUCAUGCGGACCUGGUUGAACCAGGCAGGCCGAAAGAAGCGAAGAGCCAACACACGGAAAGAAAAGGCAGCAAAGGUCUUCCCACGCCCUUCCGCUGGGCUGCUGCGUCCGUUGGUGCACCCGCCAACCCAGCGCUACAACAUGAAGCUUCGAUUGGGCAAGGGCUUCACUUUGGACGAGCUGAAGGAAGCCAAGAUCCCUCGAAAAUUUGCAAAGACCAUUGGGAUUGCAGUGGACCAUCGCCGCAGAAACCGAUGCACUGAGAGCUUGCAGACAAAUGUCGAGCGGCUGAAGCUUUACAUGUCCAAGCUCAUGCUCUUCCCAAAGAGAUCCGGCACAAAGGGUGUGCGGAAGGGCGACACUCCUCGAUCGGAGUUGCAGAACGUUGCCCAGAACACGCUGAAGGACAUCAUUCCAGUGCCAAAGGUGGAGAAGCGUAUCAAGGCGAGGGCAAUCACAGCGGAGGAGAAGAAUGAAUCCGUCUAUAAAAAGCUGAAGAAGGCCCGAACUGCUGCACAUUAUCAGGGUGAUAGGAUCAAGAAGGCCAAGGAAGCUGCUGCCAAGGAAACAUGAAAUGAAUGUCGGUUAACAUCAUCCGAACAUCCAAUGACGAAAUUG